AUGAAUGUCAGAAGCCUGGUAACUCUGCGCCCUGUCGCUGCGUUCAACAGGUCUGGAGACCGCAUUUGCCGAAGUGCUGCUGCUCGCAGACUUGGCCAGCGUUGGCAGACCACAGCAUCGUCCCCACAGACACCGGACGUGCGAAUUCUGGAAGUUGCUCCCAGGGAUGGCCUUCAAAACAUCAAGACGUUGGUUCCUACAGCUACUAAGAUCGAGCUGAUACGGAAACUCGUUGAUACCGGUCUGGGACACAUUGAGGCCACAUCUUUUGUUUCGCCAAAAUGGGUGCCCCAAUUGGCGGAUGGCGCAGCGGUGAUGGAGGCGAUCUCUCCCCUGGCGGCCGCGAACGAUAUCCAGUUCCCGGUGUUGGCGCCAAACCUGAAAGGUCUCGAGAAUGCGCUGAAGGCCGGAGCAAAGGAGGUGGUUGUCUUUGCUUCAGCCACGGAAGCUUUCAGCAAAAUGAACCAGAAUUGCACAGUUGACGAGGCCUUGGCCGCCGCUCGACGAGUCAUGGAGAUUGCAAAACCACAAGGCGUGCGGGUCCGCGGUGUCAUCUCUUGUAUCUUUGCGGAUCCAUACUCUGGUCCAACGAACCCCUCCAGUGUCCUUCGUGUGGCCAAAGAGUUCCUGCAAAUGGGUUGCUACGAAGUCGGGCUGGGAGACACUUUGGGAGUCGGUACUCCUUUGAAAACUCAGAAAUUAUUGGAGGUGCUCUUCAAAGAAAUUCCACCUGAGAGGCUCGCAGGCCAUUUCCAUGAUACCUACGGCCAGGGUGUUGCAAAUGUUGUGGCGGCCUACCAAAUGGGCAUCCGUGCCUUCGACUCAGCAACUGCGGGGACGGGAGGAUGUCCUUAUGCCAAAGGCGCGAAAGGGAACGUGGCCACAGAAGACGUGGUUUAUACCCUGGAAAACUCUGGGAUUUCCACCGGCAUCAAUUUGGACAAGCUGAUCAUGGUGGGUGACUGGCUGUCACGGCAAAUCGGCGUGCCCAAUGGAAGUCGGGCAGGCGCAGCGCUAGUCGCGAAGCAGAGCUCGCAGAAGGAGGAGAAAAAGAGCUCUGCGAGAGAGUGGAAAAUCGUCGAAGAGAUGCCAGACUACCGAGUCUCGCGAGCUGGUCCAGUCGUGAAGGUCACGCUGACAAGAUCGCGACAUGGCAACACGAUGACACUGCCAAUGCUGGAGGGCUUGACCCAGGUCUACACGAAACUAGCCAAGGAUCAGACCGUCUUCCAUAUCGUGCUUUCGGCGGAAGGCAAGUUCUUCUGUACCGGCAUGGACCUGAGCGGAGGCACCAAGACCACCGAAACCGAUAAGGACCAAGGCUAUCACGCAAAGAUCCAAGCGCUUUUCUCUGCCAUUGACAACUCUCCUCAGAUAACCAUCGCUUUGAUAGAAGGCCCCUGCUAUGGAGGAGGCGUUGGGCUCGGCUUUGUCUGCGACAUCCGGCUUGCAUCUCCCAAGGCUCGAUGGACAUUAUCCGAGAUCAAGAUUGGCGUCGCCCCAGCCAUCAUCUCCAGAUACAUGGCACGCGAAUGGGGCUUCUCAUUCUUCCGUGAAGCCAUGCUCACAGGAAGAGAAGUCCAAGACUCGGAGCUUCAGCGCAUAGGAGCAGUUCACGGGGUAUCAGAGGACACGGGGAAACUGCUAGAGGACUAUCUAGACAAGCUUUCACACUGUGCCCCCAAAUCAGCGUCAGUUUGCAAGGAACUUGCCCGUCUGGCAUGGACAGAUCCAGGAAAGCGAAAACAAGAUGACUUCAUUGAACAUACCUUCCACAAAAUGAUGGUGCCGGGCUCCGAGGGCGAAUAUGGCAUCCAACAAUUCCAAAAAAAGAAUAAAAAGAUCCAGUGGACCGACUUCCACUUCGGCGAGGCAAAAUUGUGA